CGCUGACUCCCACUUUCGAGUCGCCGCAACUUCGAUGGUCAUCAUGUGUUUACAGUGUUUUUCUUUCAGUAAGUACUUUUGCCACUAGUUGCCUUUGGCGAAAGCGUCUCGGUGGAGAGAACUGCUGUACUGUGUAGAAAUAACCUACAUCAAGUAGAAGUUCUCGCCUGCACGACUUCUGCGUCUUCUUGUGCAACCGUUACGAGGACCUUCCGAAGAGUCCAAAAAGAAUGCCCGAAGCUGCGAGUUUGCGUUUAUCUUUCUCAGCCGAGGAGCGCGACGUGCUUGCGGAAUUCCGAGCUCGCGUGGACGCUGCGCGGAAGCGGGGAAGUACCACUGCGGCGGCUGGUGAGAGUUCUGGCCGCGCGCCGCCCCGGAAAACGCACGAGAACAUCCAGUCAGUCGAGAACAUCCAGUCACUCACAGUACGGAGCAAGCCGCUGUUUGCUACGAAUUCUACUGUGUCUUCAUCCUCCUCCUCAGCGGGCCCGCAUCUCAAAAAGACGAGCCAGACCAACCGAAAAUCACAAGAGCACAGAGCGACAGACGCGCUGGAGAGUGUUUUUUCCGAAGAACCGCGCGGGCUGUACAACAGUUAUCUGCGUGAGAGUGUGGCCGCCAUCCGCCGCGCCUCCAGUUCGUUUUCAUCCACAGCAGGUGCAGGUUUUCUGUCUGGCGUCGAUCACCAGAUCGCGCACAUUCAUCCGGAUGAAAGAGAUUUUGGCGAAGAAGCGCCGAAAUCCAAUCGCAAGCUGAGCACAAGACCCACGACGCACGACAACAAGGUCUUUUCUACUAAAGGCUCGACGAAACAGUUUGCGGAUGCCGGCACGCAAUGCAGCCGGAAUCCGAACGAGGAUGACACCGCCACCGCACGCCGGUUCGUUUCGGGCACCGGCGACUUGAUGUCUAAUCCGCUUGACACGGCCAUUUCCUUCGUUCAAGAAGAGCUAGACGAGCUGGAAGACGCUGCGUACGCAACGCUGCCAUUUGGAGGUGGCGAUGUGGCGGGACUGCAGAACAACCAUUACUUGGAAGGUUUCUAUAGGCAGGAACGAGAUCAUUUCCGCCGUGCAGAUGAAGGAUUUGCCGAUGGACCUCUCUACAACAACGAUUUGGUCCACGAUGGGUUUUUCGAAUGCGAACCCUACAUACAGAUGAAUUCCGCAAGCUCGUCGUCCUCCUCCCGUCGACAUCAAAUGCGUUUUGAGCCGCCACACCGGGUUCGCGUACCGCCAGGUAGCCAGGGAAAAAGACCGUUUUCAGCGCAGCACGUUGUGCCUUUCAGUAGAAAAAUCAGGGACCGGAACGGGGGGAAUUUUCAGGUAAAUCACAAUCAGGGUCACUCGCACUACGACGACUUCGACGCAGCGAGAGGGAGAGGCUUGCGGUCGCGCGCGGCACAGCCCCGACCCGCCUCAGCAGGUGUUGGCUGGGUUCCUCGCCACGAUUUUUGGAACGCUACGUCGGGCACUUCACAGGGCCAGGGAGGUCGAAGGAGUUCCAAUGUGCCGAGUUGUAGAUCUUCUCCUUCCUCUGGGUACGGAGCUCCGUCGAAGUGGGACAGGCUUUGCUACCCGCCAAAUCGACACAUCAAAGCUCGCGGCCCAAUGGGAGGACAGAAAUCGCGAAAGUCCCGAUUUUCGCCCCCGAAACGGCGAUUAAUAUCGCCUGCGAACAGCAGUCGAAAGACAAGUGGAGGCACGGUUGCUCACUACAAUGUUGCGCGAACGAGUACUAGACCACCGCAGUUUCGUCCAAGAAAGUCAUUGAGUCCGCACAGGAGACGAGCAGGCCCACCCGUACAAACAUACGCCCGAUCGAAGAGUGAGGCGCAGUUGUUCGCACGAAGAGCGGACCCGCGUUCUUUGCCAGGGCAGCAGCGCCGCUUCCUUUCGCAGGUGGACACAGUGCACCAGCUACCAUUCGGCGCACGAGUUCACGAUCAGUACGCCCACCCGCUUCCCUCGGACUUCGCGUCUUUACUUCGAAGGGUGUCCGCCUCUCCAAAUAACCGAUACCAGGGGCGAUCGCUCGGACCAGCUACGUCUCUGAGGCAGAAGGCGUAUUCUGUGGGAGAGCUCUACCGCCGUCCACCGGCGGUCGGGACGGCGCACCCCUCUGAGAGGAGCCUGGGGCACCGACCUGCCGCCACGGGAAGUGUGCAGCACAGAGAGGAGUACUUUCUACAGGACGCAUUGAGUCGCGACAUGAUGCACGAAGCUGCCUUGUCGGAUUUAAUUGAACGGUCGUAUCACGUUCACUGAAUCACCGGCGACGCCGCAGUUUAUUACAUGACGACAUUUGUUGU